AUGGGGUGUGACUGCACCCGCCUGGCCUGUGACUGGGCUGCCGAGCUGGCUCUGCGACAGAGCUGUGACAGCUGCUCCUGUGACAGCUGUCACACCUCUGACAGCUUCACUGACAGCUGCGACAGCCGCCAGCUACUCGACUCGGCGGACUGUGAUGACUGUCGGCAACGGCGCGCGGUCGUCACGGGGUGUGUGGUCUUCCAACAUCUCCUGGGACAUGACGUCGCGCUGCUGAGAGCCCAGCUCACCGCUGUGAGAGAUGUGCCACAGCCACUCAGAGCCGAGCUCGUCCGUGGCCUGCUACUUGGUGACACCAAAGCCGCCGCUACGCUCCUCGCACACCACGAGCAGCGAAUGAUGACAGCGCUUCUAGCGGCCGAUACCGUCACUACAGCCUGUGACACGGCCGCUAGGUGGCAUCAGCGUGCCACCGAGUUCUGCCAGUGGCGGCACGCGCUGACUUUGGCGGUGAAACUCCAUUUACCGUUCCCUGAGCGGUAUUUGGCCCGGCUGGCUGCCAGAGAUGAGUGGCUGGCGUUCCUGCUGUUCGCUCAGAUCUACCAGUACCCACGGGAUCAGGUACUGCGUCUCUCGGCCGGUUUCUCCCAGUCCUCAUUACGCCAGACUCUGGGCUGCGCGCUGCGCUGUCUGCUGCUGACCCGACCGGCCGGUAAAUCGUCCCGGCGUCGGGUCACCUCAGACACGGAACACGAGUGGAGCACGGCCUCGCCGGAGACGUCGGUCAGCUCGUCACCGCCGGGCGGAGCGGGCGGGCCGCCGACUCCGGCCCUGACGGCCGUGCCGCCGUCCAGGGAUGCGCCGCCGCAGUCGAUGCUGGCCGCUGUAGUGGAGGCCGCUGCGGACCCGUGUCCGGGCAGGGCGCUGCUGCAGGCCGCCAGGCAGAUGGCGCUGCCGGCUCUGGCCGCCUUGGCUACCGAGUGCGAGGACGUCAGUGCCGGUGACUGCCUCUGCGGCUGGCUGGAGACGUCCCUCUCCGCACCGACACCGGCCGAGGAGGCCGCCUGUGUCCGUCUCAAGCGGCUGGCACUGCUGGCCGUACGCACACGUCGGCUCCGGAGCUUAGACAGGGCACUGGCGGUGUUCUUUCCGGACUGCGCGCUGCGUCUGACAAUCCAGCUGCUGGAGAGCCUGAUGACGCUGGAGGAGCCGCACCUGCCGGCCGAGCUGAUGCUCAACAUGAUGGAGGCACUGCGGAACACCACGAAACAGCAGGACUCGGAGUUGUUCAUCUACGACCGCCACUGGCUGAGCACCACCGUCCUCUCGCUCCUGCUGUCGUCCCUGUCCACCCUGCUCACCUCGGCCGGCCGGGCCCGACUGCUGGGACUGAUGAUCGACGCCAGGCUCGUGGAGAUGCUGGUGACCGAACAGGCCGAGCGGCCGGACCUGCCUCUCUUACUGCGGCUCAGCACGGUCCUCGGCCCCAGCGCCGUGCGGCUGGACUGGCUGACGGCCCUGCCACCUGGCGGCGGCGCCGAGCAGCUGCGCUUGGAGGCCAGCCGCGCGGUGGCAGCACUGUGCACGGCCGGGGAACUGGAGCGGGCCGAUCGGCUGGCACUGGCCGCCGGAGUCAGUCCCGAUCCCGUGGUACUCACUCAGGUGACCUCUGACCUCCGUGAGGUGGGUGACGAGGACCGGGUCACGUUCUGGAGACAGUGCAGCGGCCGGUUCACGGAGAAACAGCUCUCCAGGACCGAGGCGGUGGCCUUCUUCAGAAAACACGCCGAGACGGCCCUCAGCGUCUCAGAGAGGUACGUGUGUCUGAAGCUGGCCUGGGACUGGCUCAGCCCCGACCGCCGCGCUGAUCCCGACUGUGACAUUACGGCGCUGGAGCGGAGCGUGUGGACCGCCUACACUUGGGCACGGAUCAACGGCGAAAUGGUAGAGGAGCCGGAGCCGUCCCCCACGCCCUCCCCCACCCACCAGCCGCUGCUGUACCGCCGGCCGCUACUGGCGUCGGGCCGGCGUCCCGUGCAGCCCGCGCUGACCCCCGAUCAGCUGAGUACUGUCCGGGCCGUGCUGGGCCAACUGGUGGAUGAGGGACACCUCCGGCAGGCCCUGCUGGUGGCCGAGUGCUUCGGUGUCACCACGCCGGAUCUGGAGCGGAUGGUUCGUCUGCUGAAACUGGCUGAACGUGUUGGUCGGCAAGGGGAAGACGAGGUCUCCCUUGAAUCCGCGGGUGGUGAGCCGACCACAGCGGCUGCUGCUGCCGCCGCUUCUGCUGCUGCCACUGCUGCUAAUUCUACUACUACUGCUGCUAGCGCUGUGUCUUCUUCCCAGCCAGCAGCUUGUCCAAAAGUCGGGGAUGACGGAAUAGCGACGACAGAAGCUGGAGCUACUGCAAGAGGUAGACUAGGUUCAGCCGCAGUGUCCACGGAAAUCACUGAAGCAGCGGCAGCAGUGGCAGGGAUGGAUGACAGGCAACACAACUCUUCUGAGAUGGAUCCAAACAACAGUCAGACUGCCUUGGGAGACUCCAGACUGGAGCCUGAGACACUUCCUGAUGUCAGACCGGACAGACAAGCAACGGCAGGCUCCAGCGGGACAGGACAGUCACGAGAGACCACACCAGAAUCUGGAGGGGGCUGGACCGCCGCCGGUGCUAGCUCCAUUCAGAGUGAGACGCUGGCGACGGAUGCGGACUCGGUACAGCCAGAUCCGCCGUCGGUGCACCCGGAUCCAUCGGUGGACAACCAACUCGGUGACAAUAAUGAAGAGAGGAGAGAGGAGGAUGGAAGACGCCGCAGUAUUGGGUUCUGCUCAUCGCUCGGCCGCAGCUGGAAACACAGCCUCUUCUGUUCGACCCCCGACGCGCGCCAGCCCCAGUCUCCGUCGGAGCUCUCGCAGCUGACGGAGCUGGUGGCCGCCCUGAGACACGGCUCAGAAAUCGGACAGCGGGUGCUGUCCUGUGCGCGCGCCGCCACCGACCUCCAGACCACAUACCAGGAGGUGGUGCUCACUCGCGAGCCGCUACUGCUGCUCAGUUCGGUUCUGACGGGCGAUCCCGCGGGUGUGGACCGCUACCGACUGGCCGCUGAUCUGAUACACGGCCUCCAACUGCCCGACAGCCAGGUCACUGAGGUCAUACUGGCGCAGGUCAUUGCGCAGGUCAAGGCAGGCGUCUCUGAGCUGGAUCCAUUGCUGGCUCUGUGUCCGGACCCCGUGCUGCUCGGAAACCGACUGCUGGAUACCGCAGAGGACCUGGCCUCCUUCCCCGAGGCCGAUGGAUAUGGUGACGACUGCCAGGUCGGUCUCCUGGUCGCCGCCCACUCGGCCCACACGGCCCGGCUGAACCUCCAAGGUAUCGGUGACGUCAUGGGUAGAGCCCGGCAGCUGGUGCGGCGACUCCUCGUCAAAGAGGACUUCAGACUCAUGGUGAGCCUGCUGCUCGGUCUGGGCCGGUACGAGGAGAUGGCCUACGUGUUCGAGCUGCUACUGCGAGAGGACCGUCUGGAGCGACUGCUGACGGCUGGCGUCAGUGACGGGAGGCUGGGAGCCGCGCUGAGACGGCACCUGAUCAGACACCAUCCUGAGGAUACUGCGCGGCUCAGAUUGGUCACCGGACGGUUCGGCCACCACGCCGAGGCGGCCGCCGACUGGCAGUCCCGCGCCGAGCAGCUGAUCACCUCCGUCCUGCAGUCCGGUCCGGACGAACACUGCACCGAGACCGGUCAGCAGCGGCUCAGAGAGGCCAUGGACUGCUACCGACACGCAGCCACCUUCUACCGACAUGCUGAGCGCCUGUCGUCCGCCGACGCCAGCCUGUGUCAGGCGCAGCUGGUGGCCCUGCAGAUCAGUAUCAGUUCCGGCGCCCUGCCUCUACCGGAGGGAGUGCGGCCCCUGCUGCUGAGGAGGAGUCACCAGCAGCUACACACGCUGCUGACUGAGACGCUGCCGUACCGGGCGGCUCGUCUGGUACUGCGCGCGUACCCGGACCGUCCUGCCGACUGGUCGCAGCUGCUGUACCGCCAGUACCUGUGUCUGGGACGGGAUGAGUACCUGACCGAGUACCUCCAGGCCGAGGGACACCUGGAUCAUAGUGUUAUCGCUGGGAUAUUGAAACGUAUCCGCGGCUCGGCGCGACAGUUCUCCCCGUCGCGUCUGCGCCGUCUGACGUUGGCCGCCGCCGGACCGGAGCUGCAGUACCGAGCCGCCAGUCAGCUGCAGCUGCGUGACGUCAUUGGAGCGCUGCUGGACACGGCUGAGGCCGGCUGGCUGCGGGAUACCGUGUGGAAAACGGGCGGCAUGUGAUGUCAGCGGGUGCGGAAAAUGACGUCAUUGGAGUUGGGGUUAAAGGUGACAUCACUUUCUUGGAGGAGGGACGUUUGGUAGGCCUCGUCAUGAUGUGACGAAUGUCAAUAUAUUUGAUAUAAUGCCAUAUAUCGUCACCAAGUUUUGUCCUCUGGUGGACUGUACUAGGGGAUGAUUUGCAUUGCGGCAUGGCAGUGGACGAUGUUUGUAACCUCUCAUGCCCAUGCUAUACGACGAAAACAAGAAAUCAUCCGAUACGACGUUAUAAAUCGGUGUCCCCGACCGCUCUUUCAAGAAGCUCUUUCAUACUUGCUUUCAUGAUGUUUAGAUGCACUGUCGUGGUACGCAUCAGUCAAAGGCGUUUUUGUUUAUUUGUAUGCGUGUUUUUUGUAAUCAUGAAUAGCUUAUAAUCGUGAAGUUUGGGUGUACAUCUCAGGGUUAGCUUUGUACAUUAUCGAUGUGAUAAUGUGAUGUUAGGGAAAGGCCAGUACGUCAUUCCUGUACUCUGCAUGAAAUGAUACUACAUUGUACUCUGAAAUACAUGCAUACGUUUAUCGAA